AGACUGAUUUAUAAAGUUUCACUUCACAAAAACUAACCUUGAUUGUUUGUUGAUAAACGCGCCCUCUGCGGGGUCUGGCGUUAACGCCUCCCUGCGCUCAGCGCGCGGUCAGGAGCGCGCGCCCGGUGAUUUGCGUGAGUGAAGCGGCUCUAAUCUCUGAUCUCUUGGAUUAAACGGAAGUUUACCGGCUUUUCAUGCACACCAGCGCGUGCGCUCACAUCUGCGCUCCUGGUGGUGUAUGUUUGUUUGUCUUCCUGUUUUCUUCGCGGAAUUUUGGUGGAUCAUCAUGAAAAGCAGCGCGCGAUGAUGAUCUGUGCGUCUGGAGCGCGCACGCACUCUGGAUUAAGCGCAGACUUUCCAGCUGUUGGUUCCGCGGAGGCGCUUUGGUCCCCCGGGAUGGACACCGAACUUAGACCCAGACUGUGCUUUUUGGUGAGGGGGGAGCGGGGGUACGGCUUCCACCUGCACGGCGAGCGGAACCGAGGCGGGCAGUUCAUCCGCAAUGUGGAGCCCGGCUCCUCCGCAGACCUGGCUGGGGUCCGCGUGGGAGACCGGCUCGUGGAGGUUAACGGGGUGAACGUGGAGAACGAAUCUCAUCAGCAGGUGGUGACCCGGAUCUGCGAGGUGGCCCACCGCACGCGGCUGCUGGUGGUGGACCGAGAAACAGACGAGUACCUCCGCAGCCAGGACCGCGCCUGCACCGAGGACCUGGCCAUCGAGAUGGGGACUCUGUCCCCGCGCCCCUCUCCCACCCCCUGUGGGUCACCCAUACCCAGAGAGAACUCCCCCCUGACUCUAAAGCUGGACAACAAACACUUUCGCUUCCUGGCUGCAGAGUCCCCCCCUCCCAGGACCCCACAGGGGGAGGUGCAGAGAACCGAGCAGGCGGGAUCAGGAACGGACACGGAGCUGCAGGACGAGCCGUCCCCGGAGCCAGAGUUGGAGCUCUUGCCGCGUCUGUGUCACCUGCUGCGGGGGGAGGAAGGAUACGGCUUUAACUUGCACAGCGAUAAGAAGAAGACUGGACAGUUUGUGCGCACGGUGGACCCCAACUCCCCCGCUGAGAGGGCAGGCGUCCGGCCUGGAGACAAAAUAGUGGAGGUAAACGGCGUUAACAUCGGGGGGCUGAGGCACUCGGAGGUGGUGGAGCUCAUCAAAUCCAGAGGGAAUGAAGUGCGCCUCCUGGUGGUUGACCAGGAGACAGAUGAGCUCUUUCACAGACUGCAGAUCACUCCAACGGGGAAACACAUCACAGAAGUCUACGUGGAUGAGAGACCAGGGAAUGACGCGUUCCACCUCCCUGCUGCCACCUCUUACCUCCCCAACAGUGAAGCUUUGAUCAUAAACGUUACUCUGGCUGACGCCCCCUUCACAAAUUUGUCACCAAAAUCUAGAGCCAAUGGGAGCUCAGCAUCCCACUCCUCCAGAAGUUCCACCACCCAAUCAGAGAUCAGCAGCUCAGAAAUGAGCUUCCAGGUUCCACAGGAUGACGACCGGCGGGUCUCAGACCCCUUCAUAGACAGCGGCCUGUCCUUGAGUCCCACAGCUGCUGAGGCCAAGCGGAAAGUCCUCGCCACUCGCCAAAGGAGGAGGGCCCCCCCCAUGGACUGGAGCAAGAAACAGGAGCUCUUUAGCAACUUCUGACCCAGCCUUCCUGUACAUCACGCCCCACUCCACCUUGGCUCAGAAGUGGGAGGGUCUCUCCACUCUAAAAGGAUUUAUGGUUCACAAAGGAAUCCCCCAUCCCCCCGCUAGUGUUUGUGAUCUCUAUCAGCUGGACAGUGCUAUGAAAAACUGACCAACUUUGGAUUGAACCAUUUCAUCUGUGAGGGGGUCCAUUCAGGGACCAGUGAGCAUGGGGGUCCUGGGGGGGUCAGCACGAUCUAAAAAUCUGUGGGCAGACCAGCAAAGUGUGUGUGUGUGCUCAUGUAUAUACACAAAUUAGGAGCCAGGUCACCAGACUGCUGUUAACCAGAUAACAAAUGACCGGAAGGCCGAUAAAUGACGGCUCAUCAUUGAUGACCAGAUGGCUGCUGAUGGGACUGUCAACUAACUGGUCAAAAAUUGGACAACUGCUAACCAGACGACCACCGGGUGUUGGCCACCAACAAGAUGGUGACUGGAUAGUUAAAGACUCGAUACCCGAUAACUGGACGACUGCUAAGCUAACCUGAUGACCACAAACCAGCUGGUGACUGACAGGAGAACAGCUUACCUAACAGUUGUUGAUCUGACAGUCGCCAACCAGAUGGUUUCUGACUAGAUAACUAAUAAGUGAAUGGCCAACAACCAAUUGGUUGCUACUAAGUAUGGCUGCUAACAACCACUAACCAGAGAAUCACUGACCAGAUGGCCAAUAAUGGGAUGGCUGCUAACCGGAAAACCACUGACCACACAGCUGCUAACUGCGCAGAUGACCGGAGACCAGACGGCUGAUAACCUGAUGACUCCAAACCUAAGGAUUGUUAAUCAACCAAUGAUUAGAUGGUUGCCAACAGGACAGAUGAUAACCUAACCGUCACUAGCAAAACAGCCAAUAAAUGGACAACUGGUGAUCAGACGACUAGCAAUUGGAUGACCGUUAACUGGACAAUUGCGAUGCGAAAACUCAGCAAAAGCUAACUGGAUAACUGCUGAAGAGACAGUUGCUGAGGGGAAGCCCUAUAAACGGAAGACAGAUGACAAGACAACUGCUGAUUGGACAGCUGCUAAAGACGAUAAAUGGUUGACCGAUGACAGGAUGGCAGCUAACUGGGCGUCCAACCAUAGGAGAAAACUGGCAUGAGCACAGAUAGCCUAUAUAUUGCUAACCGAGUGGUCGCUGACUGAAGAGUUGUUAACGACACGGCUGCUAACUUAGUGACAGCUAACCCGAUGACCACGAACCGGACGACUGCUGACGAGACGGUUGCAGGCUGGAAAGCCAAUAAACAGUGGACAGCUGACCAGACAACAGAUAACUGCACCACCGCUAACUGGACGUCUGCUAACUGCACCGCUGAUAAAGAGAUGACCGCAGGGCAAAUAACCAAAUGGCUGCACACUUAAAACCGGCUAAUGGGACGGCCACUAACCAGAGACGGCGAAAUGUAUGGCUUUGUCUUUUUUAGUGUCGCUGACAGCAGCUCCAAACCAAAAAAGGAAAAACUAUUUUUUUAAAGAAACUGGCUCAGAAGUAUAUAAGCCUCUGCACACAUUUUUUUCCUAGAAUUACAUUGAUUACAUUUUUUAGGAGCAGAAAAUGUCCAAUUUUUUUGUAAGCCUGUUUUAAGUCUUGUCGUAGCAAAUCUUGUUCCUGUUUAGCUUCAAAUGACCAAAUAAGGGCAUGGAAGUGUUAGACUGUGCACAAAAAGAUGCAGACUUCAAAUGUAACCAAGCAGACCAUUCUGAUGAGCUGCAACAAUGCACAGGUUUGCAGACAAGCACUUUAGCACUUUAGUUAUUGUCUGGAGGAAUUUAUCUCAAAUAAAGUUGUGUUGCUUUGAGCGCCUGCACUCAUGAGACCUGUGGAAAACAGCCAGUCUUUGUCUAAUUGACAAAUUUCAAACAAUUUACCAAUGAUUUCUGUUUGCAAGCAGCUCAGCUGAGAUGUUAAAACAUGUUUUGAGAAAGCAUUCACUGUAAGUGUAAUGGAAUAAAUAGAAGUUCUGUAAUAGUUCAUUGCCAAUCACAUUCCUGAGAGAUUUCUGCAAAUAAACUUUGGAGAACUGAACUUUAA